CGCCUCGCCGCUCGAUGGCUAGAUCUCGCCGUACAAAGCACUGGGGGCCUUUCUACCGAGUAUCCCUCACUGCGUAGUAGCACAUGGAUUUCAAGACUUCAAAUGAAGAGACAAAGACUGGGAUUUACUUGAUGCAAGAAGGGAACGAGGAUCCGUUUAAUAUUCGACUGCACUUGGCCAAAGAUCUCCUGACCCUUCAAGAGCAAGACGUCAUCUGUGUGUCGGGGGAGCCUUUUUAUUCCAGCGAAAGGACGGUAACGAUCAGGAGGCAGACGAUCGGAGGGUUCGGCCUGAGCAUCAAGGGUGGAGCGGAGCACAACAUCCCGGUCGUAAUAUCCAAGAUAUCAAAAGAACAAAAAGCUGAACUCUCUGGGCUGCUUUUCAUUGGAGACGGCAUCCUUCAGAUAAAUGGAAUAAACGUCCGAAGUUAUCGCCACGAGGAAGUGGUCCAGGUGUUGAGAAACGCCGGCGAAGAAGUGACUCUCAACGUCUCGUUCCUGAAGAAGACUCCGGCCUUUCUGAAACUGCCCGUGUGUGAAGACUGCACAUGCAUCCCCAGCGACCAGAGUAGUGGGACCUCCUCACCUCUGUGCGAUAGCGGCCUGCACUUGAACUACCACCCUAACACGGACACGCUGUCCUGCUCGUCCUGGCCCACGUCCCCGGGGCUCCGCUGGGAGAAGAGAUGGGUGGACCUGCGCCUCAUUCCACUGCUUCACUCGCGCCUGUCGCAGUACAACCCGGGCUCUGACGUCUGCAGGAGUCAUGCCUUCCAGCUGGUGGCCGUGGACGGAGUCUGCAGCGGCGUGAUCCAGUUCCCCACGGCGGAGGACUGCUUGGACUGGCUUCAGGCUCUGGCCGGCAACAUCUCCGGUCUCACCAAGCACAAUGUGAAGAAGAUUAACCGUAAUUUCCCAGUCAACCAGCAGAUCAUCUACAUGGGCUGGGUGGACGAGAAGGAGCAGGACUCCGUUCAGGACCGAAUGUAUUCCCCAAAGUUCCUCGCUCUGCGGGGCUCCUCCCUCUUUAAGUUCUCGGCGCCUCCCGUGACGACGUGGGACUGGACCAGAGCCGAGAAAAGCUUCACUGUGUACGAAAUCAUGUGCAAGAUCUUAAAGGAUAAUGACCUCCUGGACAAGAGGAAGCACUGCUUCAGCGUCCAGACGGAGAGCGGCGAGGACAUGUUCUUCAGCGUGGAGCUGGAGCGCGAGCUGCUGAUCUGGGAAAAGGUUUUUCAGAUGGCCACGUUCCUGGAGGUGGAGAGGAUACAGUGUAAAACGUACGCCUGCAUCCUGGAGAGCCACCUCAUGGGACUCACGGUCGACUUCAGCAUGGGCUUUGUGUGCUUUGAUGCCGCUUCAAAGGCCGUCCUGUGGAGAUACAAGUUCUCCCAAUUGAAAGGAUCGUCGGACGACGGGAAGAGCAAGAUCAAGUUCUUAUUCCAGAACCAAGACUCCAAAUCUAUCGAAGCGAAGGAGCUGGAGUUCUCCAACCUCUUCGCCGUGCUUCAUUGCAUUCACGCUUUCUUCGCCGCCAAAGUCGCCUGCCUGGACCCGAUUUUCGUGGAGAGCCAAGGCGCCGCGACGACGGCGACGUCGACGUCGACGACCGCCGGCUUCCCUUCUUCUCUCUGCAGUAUGUCGUGUAACCCGCAGACGCCUAAACUCAAGUACGCCACCUGA